AUAAUAUAUAUAGUACAUACGAGUAAAUAUAUACAUUUUGAAAUCAAUUCAAUUGUUGUUUUUUUUUGUGAUAUUGUUAUAUUGUUAGAAAAGGAAUAGCGUCUAUAUUGAUCGUAUUAAUUUAGUGAUUUCUAAAAGCAAGUACAACAAAAGUGAACGCUAAUUUUAUGUGUAUACUAUGUAACAUUUGCUGAAAUCUCCACCCGGUGCGGCGCUGAGAGUCAACAUUUGAGAGCGCUAACAAAUGUAUUGCUCAGUGACAUCGUUUUUAUAUUUUUAUUUUUGUUUGCAAACACUUAGCCGCUCACUUGUGGUUUGUUUUUAGUUCUCUACAAUUUGCUGAUAAUCAGAUUGAGCUAAUAAAUCUCAGUAAUACUAGGCACAUGGCUGCCAAAGUGACGAAAUAUAUUUAGAUUUGUUGGAUUUUUAAAGUGAACAAAGGAGAAAUAAUUGAAAAAGAAGAAAUAAUUAAAUUAUAAAGAAUUUAUAUAUGAAGUUACAACAUACAUUCGUAUAUAAAAGAAAAAAGUUUUUUUUUUUUUUUCAAUUUAAAUCUUUUAAGGUGGAGGAUGUUUGUAAAAACUAAAUAAGAGUGUAAAUUAAAUUGUACAAUUAACAUCAACAUUUAUCAUAAAAAACAUUUCUAUUGAACUAGAGUUUCCCUGGCAGUAUUAGAAAUGAAUAUGGCAAUUGACAAUCAUGCAAAAAACGGUAGUUUCUAAACCCAAAGAUCUGAUAUAGAUCUAUUUCUGUACGGAUCGCUCAUUGUAAGCGUUAUAAACGUUAGAAAACUACAGUCAGCGUCGUAUUUCAUCAUACGGCAAUCUAAAAUCAAUUUUUUCAUUUUUAAUUCGCUUAAAUUCAAAAAAGUUCUGCUAUGAACCGAUCAAAAUAAAAAAAAAAAAACAAAAUAUAUUUCAUAUUCCAGUUGCAAAUAAUUUUUGCUAGUUGUAAAUGUAAAAACUCAAAAAUUGGCUAAAUAUUCAAAAUUGCUGCGUCAUAAUUCAUCGCACGGCGUUGUUUAUCGUUACUUUUAAGAGUUUCUCGUUACCAUUUUAAAACAAAAUAGCUUCCACAUAGAAGUGGAAACAGUUUAUCAUGUGCUGUGAAGUGGACCAGUAGUUAUUUCCUAUUUUGACAAUAAUCGAGAAAAUUUAUGAAACUUCCUGAGAUUUUAGAAAAGUUGUGAUAUAAUAACGAAAAGAAGCAUAAAAUAAUAAUGGAGAAUAAAAAAAUGGAUCGAGAGGCGCGAGUUAAAUAAUAAACAGGAUUUAUUAUUAAGUUUAUUUAUUGAGUAUAAUAUACCUUCUUGGUUUAUUGCUGUUAGUGAUAAUUGUAUGUGUAUGUGCUCGGCGUUGCAAACGUUUAGCCGGUUAUAGCCGAAUCGAUGAGGGCGCGACACUCGUCUCUUUCCUUUGCAAUUCGACGCCAGUUGGAGAUUCCAAGUGUAACCAGGUCGCUCUCCACCUGGUCCCUCCAACGGAGUGGAGGCCUUAGCCCUGGUCGUUUGCAACAUUGCGAGGUAGGCAGUCUGUUUGCUCUCCGCUGCGAGACGGCAAUCCUCAUCGUACCAGCUUGUUUUUUGUCGUUGCCGAAAUCCAAUUGUUUCGGCUGCAGCGGUACGCAGUGCGUUUGAGAUGCCGUUCCACAGUUCUCUUAUACACAGAUGCUGAUGAGUGCUCUCAGUGCAAGUCGAUAAUUACAAUACAUUAUUAUGUGUAUAUGUCAUGAUACAUGUUUUUAUGUUUACAGCUGAUAAGGUUUUGUUGAUAUAUUUGGGUUCGUGAGUAAGAUAAGGAAUGUUAUCUUCCUUACCUCGCGCGAACACUUAAUGAUAGACAUAAUUAGGAAUAUGGCACGAAAAAAUGGCCGUGUGAGCUGUUCAGAAAGACAUAUGUAGUGAAAUGGAAAGAGUUUCGGAAAUAUGAUUGAGCAAGUAUACAAUUCAUAAAACAUUACGGCGUAAUGGUUAUCUUCAAAUUAUCGCCGCGACGGACACCGCCUAUAUCUGAGUCGAACAGUCGAAAACGUUUAACUUUCGCAAAUCAGCACUUGAGGAAGGGUAUUGACAUUUGACAGACAGUACUUUUCACAGACGAAAACAUAUUUAAUCUUUUCUCCAAGAAAACCGUUUGUCGUAGUUACGGAACUUACGCAUCCACGUAAAAUAGAUAAGACUACAGUAAGUGUCACUUAAGAUCGUACACCUCAGAACUAUGAGUUUGGUUAAUAUUUGAACUUGUUAUUUUACCAAAAUAACAAAAGAAAUUCAAUAGUUUACAUAACAAAAAAAUAUUUCUUGAGUUGAUGCCACAUUAAUAUCCGGAGACGGCGCUGGAGUUUUUCUUACUUUCGGGCAGUUAUGGAGCGCCCAUGACCGUGGAUUAAAUGAGCUGUGUUUUUACAUUGGUUGUCCGCGUAAAGCUUAAAAUUAGUUCGGAUUCCCAUUUUCAAAGCACUUGGUAUGGCUUUCCUUUGAGGAUAUCUAUGUAACUGGUUCAUAAUAUUGUUGAUAAGAAUCAUAUUACUGACUCCGUGUGCUGACAUACAUCCCCACACCAUUACAUAUCGUCCUCCAUGUUUGACAGUCGCACGCAGAUUAGCUAAAUCCAUCUCUUUUUUUGGGUUUCUCCACACUGUUUGUUUGCCUUGAACUUUGAAUCAUCCGUAAAAAUAACAUGAUGCCAGUACUCUGAUAAAUGGUUUGUUCAGAGCAGUUCAUCCAUGAAAACUGUUUUUACGAAGUACACUCCUUACUGUUGUGGCACUGACUUUCUUUUGGAUGUAAAUAUUCAGCUCGUUGCUAAUUUUUGGGGUUGAUAUUCACUUGACGUAUAAUCCAUCUCUCGUCAUUAGGGGUCAAUUUACGUUCCUCGGGAGAUGUUUGCUUCAUUUUGCUAAAUUCUGAUGCUGAAAACUUUAAAAACUUCAAGAAGACCACUGUAUAUAACUUAAAAGGCAAUAUGCGUCAACUUUCAAUUCUAAAAUUCGUGGGUUUUCCCCGAAAAAUAUUUCAAAUAAUCAGCUGUACGAUUUUAAGUGACAUUUUUGGCGAUUUUACGGUAUUGCCAGAACACAAAGAAAUGUCCACUUUUUUUGAACAUUUUUUAUUAAUAUAUUCCAAAAUUGUUGAUUGAAAUCAUAUUAUGAGUAGAAAAUUUCAUUCGCUGUUUCUGUACGAUUUUAAGUGACACUCACUGUAAUAAUGAAAGCAAAGCUCAAGUUGAAUUAACGUUAUUUAAAAUAAGUAUUUUUCAUCUAAUAUUUUAUAAUCGCAACAGGAAAGUCCAAUAACUAAAAAUGGCCACAAGUUCUACGCAAACAACUUUUUCACAAAGUAAUUUGAGUGAAUUGAAACCACUUUUCAUGGACAAGUUAAUGAAGAAAAUAUUUUGCUUCUACGAUGAACAGUCUCUAAUAGAUGUGACUUUUAAAGUGUCUAACCCAGCGGCUUUUGUAUCCGCGCAUCGCUUAAUUGUCUCAUCAGCGAGACCUUACUUCGAGAAACUCUUCAACGCGAUCAAGGCAAUACUCCUGUCAUCGAAAUAAAUGAUAUCGAUAGCGACAUCUUUGAGCGCUUAAUAACCUUUUGCUACACCGGACAGGCGCUGGUUACAGUUAACAAUGUUGCUGCGUUGCUGAAGGCGGCAAUGGUGUUGCAAUUGGAAGAUGCCGUGACCAUUUGCAUGGACUUUAUUAUGGCGCAUAUCGAUGAAUUCACAUUAGAGGGUGUGUAUGCACUUGUCAAGCGGAAAAUACAUGAAUAUGAAAUACAGAAUUGCAUGGAGAUCAGCCAAAGCGACGAGUUUCUCAAUUUUGAUGUUGAGAAAUUGCAAUGUCUUCUAGAAUCAGACAAUUUGAAUGUAACUUGUGAGGAAGAUGCCUAUGAUGCCAUAACUCGUUGGUUUAAUCACGAUGUUUCUGCGCGUCAAGAACACCUCUCUCAUUUAGUCGCUUGUCUGCGGCUCACUCAAUUCGGUGUGGACUUCCUGUUGAAUCACAUUCAGUCAUUACCUGGCUGUGAGUUGUUGGCCCUCCAGGCGUACCAGUGGAUCAGUAAUCCCUCAGCAAGGACUAGGAUAAAUAUGCGAUUUACUGAACCACGUGUAGGGCUCGGUGCUAGAAAUUGUGAUGAGAAAACAUUGCUGCUUGUUUACGAAGAGGUAUACGGCAUCCAAUGGUUGGGAGUUCGUGGCACGUUUGCUUACAGCAUAAUGGGUGGUUCAGAUUAUGGAUGUAGGUUCAAAUCUGUUAAAUGCUAUAAUCCCGAUUCGAAUAGUUGGAGUAAAUGUGCAGAUAUGACAUAUAUUCAUGCAGAGCCUACUGUAGCUACACACAAUGGUCACAUCUAUGUUGUAGGCGAUUAUAAAGGUCCCCCAGUUGUUGAACGUUACGAUCCACAGCGAGACACCUGGUCUCAGAUUUGCUCUCUGGAUGAUGGCUACAGGGGCAGUCGCGCUUGCGUAUCCUUUUACAAUAAACUAUGGACAAUUGGUGGCAGCCUUCUGGAUGGAAGUACAGUUGUAGCAGUGUACAAUGAGGCAAAUGACUUUUGGGAAAUGAAGCGCCCAUUAGCUGUAGGUCGGAUAAGUUCAUGUUUUGUUGUUUCUUUGUCUUUACUGACAUCAAUACAAUAACUACUUAUAAGAAAAACACAAAAUGUGGUGCAUUUUCAAUUUUUACAAUUCGUCUAACGCGAAUCAAAAGCUGUAACGGUAAAAGUUUGUUGUAAUUGUCAAUGCUUUCGUUCUUGUUUUGGAAUAUAUAUAUAAAUAAAUUGUGGUUACAUCUGUAUCUGUAGCAGUUCCAAUCAAAAUUUAGCUUUGUUUGUAAACGAAAUAUAGAGAGUCUAAUUGAAAAAUCGACUGGUCACAAAGAGUGGUGGAAAUGAAAAGUAACGCUGUUGUUAUUAUUACAAUCACAGUUAAGUUAAUAAGUAAAUGAAUAAAGAAUAAAUAACAAAAAAACAUUAAAAAGGAAAAAAUUAAACUUUUUACUUAAUCUAACAGAAUGUCAUAGAACACACGAAAAAAUACGCAUGCACACACACGUACUUAUGCUAAUCAAGGUAAGAACUGAGGGCUCAACCCAUUUGCUGUACACCAUUGCGUAUGAGUAAUGCGCUGCACUCGUAAACUCUUGCGAUUCUCCAAAGGCUAAUAAUAUCGCUGAAAGCGGAAGUGUAAGUGACAACCAGGGAAUAACAACGACAAAACGAAAUGUAAUGCGCUAAAUUGCUGGCAGCUCAAGUAGAUACACGAAUAGCUUUCUGUUUUUUUUUCAUAGAAACUGGCUUGCGAAUCAACAGUCAUGAUGUUACAGCGAAAGACAAUCAGAAAUUCGCGCUGAAUCGAAUGGAUUGAUGUGGAAUUCGGGGCAAAUAAUUUGCUGAAAUGUAGCUGUGAAGAUUGAGAAAGAUUGGAAUAUGAGAAAAUGGAAAACUAAUAAAAUAUUUAACGGGUUUCUGUGAUUCGAGAUUGGAUAUUGGUAAAAUGAAAUAAACUAGAAUUUAUAGGAAGAAUUAAAAAAAAUCGAGAUAUAUGUAGUUGUUAGAUUAGAUUCAUAGUAACAGAAAACUACAGAUAAUGGAGCUUGGCCAACAAGUGUUAAAAGAGAGCCGUGUUUCUGCUCAGCACCGCAAUGAAUCUCCCGUAAGUUCAUAUCUAUCCAACUAUAUCAUAUAGAUGUCAUUCAAUCGCUUAUUGAGAUAUAAGUUUUGCUCUUAUAACUCCUACAUUUCAGCAGCUAAGCACCUAAAAUUUUUAUACUCUCGCAACAAAAGUUGCUAAGAGAGUAUUAUAUGUUUGUUCACAUAACGGUUGUUUGUAAUUCAACUAAAGAAAACUAAACGAGUUAGAUAUAAGGUUUUAUAAAUCAAAAUAAUCAAAAUGAAGAGUGGAGUUCAAAUCCGGAUGUCUCUCUGUUCGUCCGUCUGUUCGUGCAACGGAUAACUGGAGUAAAAAUUAAGAUAUCUUGACGAAACUUGGUAUAUAUAUUCCUAUAAAGUGUCAUAACUAAGCCAUGAAUAAAGCUAUAAUAGUAAAAUUUGGUAUAAAGGAUCGCACAGAGAAGAGGUAUAUCUGAAUGUCGAUUUUUUGGAUAAUAGUGGGCGUGGACCCGUCCCUAAAUAUAUUUUUGUUAAUAUCACUAAAACCAAUGGAGCUAUAUCAACCAAACUUUCUGCAGUCAUUUCUCUUACGUACCCCAUUACACACCAUAAAAUCUGAUAUAAUCGGAUUAUAGCCACGCCCACCUUCCAUACAAAGGUUAUGCCGAAAAUUACUAAAAGUACGUUAAUUCACUAGCGGCAAACGUCAGAAUCACUAAAAUUUACAGAGUUGCACUCAGAUUUUUUUAAAUAUAAAAUGGGCGGGGCGUCGACCACUUAAGGAUCAAAAACCACAUCUCAAAAACUACUCGAUCCAUUUCAAUAAAUUUCGGUACAUAAAACUUUCUUGACAUCCUUAUACCUUGCAAGGAAAAUUUACAAAAUCUGUUCACAUCCACAAUUACCUCGGCCCUCAUACACUAUAAAAUUUUCUAGAGUUUACAAUUAUCAGGACUGGAAAGCUGAGAGUAAAUAUCAUUAUCAUAACCAGGGGACUAGAACGUAUAGCAACCAUACAACAUUGUUCAGAAUUUGCAUUUUGUACUAUAAAUGAGUAACUUUAAUUGAGUAAUUACAUAUAUGAGAUUUUGUUCUUUAUUUAAGUUAUAAUGGACGCAAAAUAUGUACGAAAAAUCAUCG